AUGCUUAGUAACACCUUGUAUUCCCUAGCAAGGUCGUAUGACGCCUUGCGGCGGUUAACGGGCCGUGCGACGUCUUGCGACGCCAAGCGAGGCCGUGCGACGCUAGUAAGGCCGUGCGAUGGUUUGCGCAACCUGGGUACGAUUUGCUACGCCUUGCGACGUCUAGUGAUGCCUUGGGACACUAGGCGACGUCUUGUAGCGCCUAGCGAAGCCUUGCGUAGGCCUAGUGAAGUCUUGCGACAUAUAGUGACACUCAAUGACCCC